UGACACGGGGGGUUUUUUGGACGUCAUUAAGCUUCCAGGCUGUUCACCUGCUCUGCGUCCUGCUCUGGUAUAAAUACACUGAUCUCCACUCACUCACACACACUCACACACACACUCACACACACACGCUCCACAGCACUGCACAGGAGGAGUAGUAGAAGUCCAGCCGUGUCUGACCGUGGUCAUGUGCGUCCUGUGGAGAUACCGACUCGUGGUCUGGGCGUCGGCCGUGCUCCUGCUGUUCCUCGGCUGUGACGCUCAGCUGCAUAACGAAGCACAAAGUGGCAAAUUAGUGUACGCUCGCGGAAACCACUGGGCUGUGGGACACCUGAUGGGUAAGAAGAGCAUAGACGAAACGCUGAGCUCAGACGAACGUGACAUGGAUGCUCAGGCUUAUUUAAUCACAGCAGAAACCGACACACACACACAGCCGUCCAGACUGCUGACGGCUCUCAUCAAGGUUCUGACUGGAUCAAAGAGAGACACAGAAGACGAGAGGGAAAGACGAGAGCGCUCCAUAGAGCUGAGGAAAUGGUGGCAAGAGCAGCUGGAAAGACAGAAGGAGGUCAAUCAGGCAGCGAGGGUUUUGUUACUGGCUUUAAACACCAGAGAUUCCGACGACAGCUGAAGACGAGCAUCAUGUCCGAUCUUCCAUCAGAGCUUGUGCAGGUCGGAGAAGCAGCUGAGAAAACGACCUUCCACGGCGUCAAAAAAUCUGUCAGAAAAAAAUAAUACUAAACACCUGAAUCUCUCUUGUCUCUUCAUCCUGCACCACAUCCGCUCUCAGAUCUCUUCUAAUUUUUUUUAAGUUACUCUCAUUCUAAUGCCAGUGUUUUAUAGACCUGCGUGUUUCAUUUUGUUCUUCUGAAUUGUUUGUGUGACUGAUGUUUCGUCAGAUAUCUGCAAUAA